AUGUCUCAAUUUGCUGCCACGAAAAAUCCUCCUUGGGUUAGAGCCCAAACGAAUUUGGUGCAACCGCCGGUACCACCAGGCUCCUCCCUCCUGACCGCCCAGCAGGUGAACUCUGCCGCCUCAUUGGCCGCUGGGGCAGGCAACCCCCUGGCGGUGGUGGCCCAGAACCAGCAGGCUCAACAGGUGAAUCCUGCAGUCAGUGCUUCCUAUACCACUGGUCUGGCAGCCCUAACGUUGACACAGAGUGCUUUGCAACAAGGAGCAAUGUUACAGCAGCAGGGUCUGGCCAUUCCUGCUUCUCUAGCAGCAACCACACAAGUAGCAAAUGUAAAUAGUGGUAUGGUUGUCGAGAUUGGUCGCCUGCCGCAGCCUGGAGUUGCUCUUCCCACCUCCCUCACCACCUCUCAAGUUGCAACCGUCAGCUAUCCUGCACCUCGAUUGCUGGCUCAAGCCACGCAGUAUCAGCAACCGCAACCACAUCCGCACCAGACCGCAGCAGCAGUGGUGCAACAGGCUGCCCAGCAAGUGGCUCAACAACAGGCUGCUGUGGCUGCAGCAGCUGUGGCACAGCAGCAGCAGCAACAACAACAGCAGCAGCAACAUUCUGUUCAGCAGGCAGCUGUCCAGCCUCAGUAUAAACAGAGAGUAAUAACUGGGAUUGUGACAAAGUUGCAUGACAAUUUUGGAUUUGUGGAUGAAGAUAUUUUCUUCCAAACUAGUUCUGUGAAAGGCACCAUGCCUAAAACUGGCGAGAGGGUCCUGGUCGAAGCCACCUAUAAUCCGAGCAUGCCUUUUAAGUGGACUGCUACUAGAAUACAAGUUCUUCCUAAUCAAGUAGUUCAGGUGAAUGUCCAACCAACCAACAACACCCGUCCUCAGUUGUUACAGCAGCAACAACGCACGCAGCCAUUAGGGCUUCCCCCUCAAGGUGUAAACCCACUGAGCCUGGCAGCCAAUCAGCCGGCCUUUUCUACCGUCGGACAGCUCAUGGAAAGCUUAGGUCAACAACAGCAACGGUUGAAUAUUCAGCAAAAUAAUCAACAUAAUUGGAUUCAAGAAGUGGAUUACGGAGAGGUGAUAGAUGGCAAAAUGUCGAGAAUGAACCAGCUGGGCAGACGCCAGCACUCUCCCCCUCGCAGAGAAAGGGAUCUGAGGCGAGAGCGGUACAGGGACCGGUACUCUCCCCCUCCCCCGAGGAAGAGAUCUCGCUCCCCGCCCCCCAGGCGACCCAGCAGGAGCCCACCCCCCAGGAGGAGGCCCAGGAUCAUUCCGAGAUACACCGUUCAGAUACCCAAGAUUUCUUUGGAUUUGAAAAUCGGCAAUGUGAUGGAGCUGCGCAAGAGAUACUCCAACCUCUACAUCCCCUCCGAUUUCUGCGGCGUCAACUUCCUGUGGCAGGAAGCCUUCCCUCCCCAUCGGCCCUUCUCCAUGGACCACCCCUGCACUUUCCACAUCAUCGGGAAAGACGCUGAGCCCGUCUUUGAAAACGACGCUGUCCUGGAUGCUCCGGAUGCAGAUUAUUCUUAUAGUGCAAAAGUGAUGCUGAUGUCCUCUCCCGCCCUGGGUGAGAUCUUCCACAAGUCCUGCUCCCUGGCCGAGGACGGGGAGGACUCCAGGGAGAACCACGUGCACCCUGCCCGCCUCCUCCAGUUCCUGGUGGGCCUCAGGGGCAAGAACGAGACGGUGGCCUUAGGGGGCCCCUGGUCCCCCUCCCUGGAUGGCCCCGACCCGGACAAGGACCCCUCCACCCUGGUGAGGACCGCCAUCAGGACAUGCAGGGCGCUGACGGGCAUCGACCUGGGCAAGUGUAUACAGUG